AUUACUGAUCAAUAAAAAUAUCUAUAAAAAUCGAGGAGAAGGAAAAACUUUUAUUUUUUUAUGGUAAAAAAGUCAUUUAUACCUGUUAUUUCACAAGAAAAAAAAGGAAAAAAACCGGGAUUGGUUGAAUUUCAAAUAUUCAAAUUUACCAAUAGAAUACGAAGACUUACUUCACAUUUUGAAUUGCACCGAAAAGACUACUCAUCCCAAACAGGUUUACGUAAAAUUUUGGGAAAACGGCAAAGAUUACUGUCUUAUUUGUCAAAGAAAGAUGGAAUACGGUAUAAAAAAUUAAUCAAUCAGUUUAAUAUUCGGCAGUCACAAAUUCGUUAAAUUGAAGAGUAAUUUUCAAUUAUUCGAUUUAUUAGAUCUUGAAUUUGGAUGAACUUUUUUUUUAAGCGAUUCAUAAAAGAAUAAAUCGAGCAAAAACCUAUGAAUAUCUCAACGAAAAGAAAGGACUUCAUGAUAGUCAAUAUGGGGCCUCACCACCCAUCAAUGCACGGUGUUCUUAGACUUAUUGUUACUCUAGAUGGUGAGGAUGUUAUUGAUUGUGAACCGAUAUUGGGUUAUUUACACAGAGGAAUGGAAAAAAUAGCGGAAAACCGAACAAUUAUACAAUAUCUGCCUUAUGUAACACGUUGGGACUAUUUAGCUACAAUGUUCACAGAAGCAAUAACUGUAAAUGGACCAGAACAGUUGGGAAAUAUUCAAGUACCUAAAAGAGCCAGCUAUAUCCGAGUAAUAAUAAUGAAAUUGGCCGAUAUUAUGACAAUACUAGAAAUACAAGAUAUACAUUUUUUUUUCAGAUUGCAAUUUUUGAAAGAGAUAUAUGGAAUUCUUUGGGUAUUUGUGCCUAUUUUUAUUUUGAUAUUAGGAAUUACUAUAAGUGUACUAGCAAUUGUAUGGUUAGAAAGAGAAAUAUCUGCAGGGAUACAACAGCGUAUUGGACCUGAAUACACCGGUCCUUUUGGAGUUCUUCAAGCUCUAGCAGACGGAACAAAAUUACUUUUUAAAGAGAAUCUUAUUCCAUCUAGAGGAGAUAUUCGUUUAUUUAGUUUCGGCCCAUCUAUCUCAGUCAUAUCCAUUAUAAUAAGCUAUUCAGUAAUUCCUUUUGGCUAUAACUUUGUUUUAUCUGAUCUGAAUAUUGGUGUUUUUUUAUGGAUUGCUAUUUCGAGUAUUGCCCCCAUUGGACUUCUUAUGUCAGGAUAUGGGUCAAAUAAUAAAUAUUCCUUUUUGGGUGGUCUACGAGCAGCUGCUCAAUCAAUUAGUUAUGAAAUACCAUUAACUCUAUGUGUGUUAUCGAUAUCUCUAUGUGUGCUUCGUUGAGACAUAAAUUUUUUGAUACUAUUUCUUAUAAGCCUCUCCUUAUAUUUAAAGUACAAAAAGAAUCUAUAAAGAAUAUAUAUAUAUUCUUUUCGCAUUUGGAUUGAAUAAUUGAAUCAGAUAGUUAUAUGAGUGCAAUAAAACAGCUUUUUUUGAAUAUAAUUUAUAGAAUACUCUAUUACUUAUAGAGAAAGUAUGAUGAUUUCAAAUUGCAGUAAAAAUAUUGAGUCUAAUUUUCUAUGUAUAAGAAUAAGGUGAAAAAAUCAAUGAAAUUCUAGAAUUAGAUUCUAUAUAUUAUAUUCUAUGUAUAGAAGUGGUUGUUUUUCCCAAGAUUUGUUGAUUAGUAAUCCUGUCUUGAAGCGGACGCAAAAGACCAACCUUUUUCAAAUUUUCAAUAUCAUUUGUAUGAAUUAGCAUACAUAUAUUAACAAAAUUAAAAAAAGGCAUUAAUAUAAUAAAAAAAAUUAAUGGAUGGCUAGAAACACCAAAAUACACAAAAGAUUAGUAACGUAUAUUUCUUUUUUAAAUUAUCCAAUUUAUGUAUAAUAUAAAAAGAAUACUAAUGGGGACUUGAAGUUGGUAGAAAAAAUAAGGCAGUACUCCCCCCAAUUCCGAUCUAGAGUAUACUUCCAUCCAUUGAUUGAAUAAAUAACUAUCAGGAACGAAAUAAUCCUUUAAUUUUUUGAAGUCCCCUUUUGCUUGCACAAAAAGGAAUAAGAUAAGAGGUAAAAGUGAUCUCCUUUUUCUUUUUUGUCUUAUAUACUCCAUAUUUAUGGAGAUAAUCAUAAUUUAAAAAAAGAACAUCUAAUUAUUUUUCGGAAUCGAAAAUGAUGUGGGAGUUCUUGAUAAUUUUAAAAGAGUAUUUUAUGCAAAAAUGAAAUUAAGUUAUUACUCAACAAAUUUAAUUUUGAAUUUUUUAAAGGAUGAGAUCAAUUCAGAAGUACCUUUUGUAUUUUUUAUUUAUCUAAAGAAAUUCAAUAAAUGUGCAAAUGUUUUUAUUUUUUAAAUAAGUGUGUAUUCAUUUAAAAAUUUUUUUUAGAACAGACAGAAUUCCAUGGG